AUGGUUCAACCAAUAGUCACAGAAAACACCAUUAUUCAGGGCUGUCGAAUCGCGUAUGGCGUGCACGGUAGUGGCAAACCCGCUGUCCUCCUUCACGGAACGCCCUCCUCAUCAAUAAUCUGGCGAAACAUUGUCCCAAAACUUGUCGAGGCGGGCUUUAAAGUCCACGUUUUUGACCUACUCGGCUAUGGACUCUCGGAGCGACCAUGGGAUCCCUCUGUCGACACAUCCAUGACCGGCCAGGUCACGAUUCUCGAAAGUCUUUUGUCGCUUUGGGGCUUGGAUACAACUCACGUCAUUGCCCACGAUAUUGGAGGAGGUAUCGCUCAGAGAUUUGCCGUUUUCUCUCCUCACAGGGUGCUGUCACUGACGCUCAUUGACGUCGUCAGCUUCGACAGCUAUCCCUCGAAGCGCACAAAGCAACAGAUGCAGAUUGGUCUUGAGGCUCUUACGAAGGCAGAUAGCGACGACCACCGUACUCACUUCAGAGAGUGGCUACUUCAGGCUGUUGAGAAUCCACAAAAGCUCGAGCAAUCGGCCCUCGACGACUACUUGAAUUACAUUUCCGGUCCAAUCGGACAGCCGAGCUUGUUCCAGCAUCAGGUCCGACACUAUGACCCGAAACAUACCAUGGAAGUGGCACCGCGUCUGGGUGAGCUAGGGGACCUUCCAGUCCAGUUGAUCUGGGGUGCCAAUGAUGCGUGGCAGGUGGUAGACUGGGCUCACAAAUUGCAUGAGGCUAUACCGGGAUCUGAGCUCACGAUUGUCCAGGAUGCUGGUCAUUUCUCUCUGGAGGAUCAGCCAGAACAGAUAUCACAGAUUCUCCUCAAGUUCCUCUCCAGGCUCUAA